CCCACACACCGCCCUCAAGCGCGCUCCCGUUCUCCCACACACGGCCCCUCACACACUCAAAUCCGACUCUACCCCCUCCCCACAUCAAAGGUGCCUCACUGAUAACUUCACCCCGCGGAGAAGCGGCGGCAUCUUUGUAAAACCAGAGCGGUGACCGGGGGCCGGGGCCGAGAUCCAGGUCCGGGCCUGUGGAGCGGGAGCAGGAGCGGGGGACUGGGGCCGGGGCCGAGGUCCGGGCCUGUGGAGCGGGAGCAGGAGCGGGGGACUGGGGCCGGGGCCGAGGUCCGGGCCUGUGGAGCGGGAGCGGCGUCGCGACGCCGAUGGAGGCUCGGGAGGCGCUGACGAGCGCGGCCACACUCGCCUCUUACAGUGCGGGGCUACAGAUACUGUUUCGAGUGCUGACCUUCAUCUUGAAUGGCUAUACGCUGCGCUAUGUAUCCAAAGAGACUAUUGGUAUUGUCAAUGUGAGACUGAUGCUGCUAUAUUCUACAGUCGUAUUCCUUGCACGAGAAGCCUUUCGGAAAGCUUGCCUAAAUGUCGGUGUAGAGCGGAAGUGGUCCCAGAUUAUAAACCUGAUCUGGUUAACGGUUCCUGUGGGGAUAUUCUGGGCCUUGCUCUUGGCCUGGGUGUGGCUUAAUUUGCUGGCAAUCCCAGACCAAGCAGUUAUACCUCAUUAUGAGGUUGGAGUGGUGGCAUUUGGUCUCUCUGCUGUGGUGGAACUCCUAUCUGAACCUAUGUGGGUGCUGGCUCAGGUGCAUAUGUUGGUGAGCUUAAAGGUGAUUGCUGAAAGUCUGGCCAUGGCAGUGAAGUGCAUAGUGACAGUGGUGUGCAUCACUCUUGUACCACACUGGGGUCUCUACGUAUUUUCUCUGGCGCAGCUCCUGUACUCAAGUACCCUCCUCACAUGCUACCUGCUGUAUUUUAUGAAAUUUGUUGGCUCAAGGGAAGCACAGAGGAAGUCUUUUCCCCUCUCUACAUUGACUGACUUACUGCCUAAACCUCUGCCUUACCAACAUGUUAUUGAUCUACAACUGGCCAAACUGACUUGGACCUUUUACAAACAAUCUUUGCUCAAGCAGAUCCUGACAGAAGGUGAACGAUAUGUCAUGACAUUUCUCAACGUACUGAAUUUUGGGGAACAAGGUGUCUAUGACAUUGUGAAUAAUCUGGGCUCGCUGGUGGCUCGGUUCCUCUUCCUUCCUAUUGAGGAAAGUUUCUACAUUUUCUUUGCUAAUGUUCUUGAGCGAGGGAAGAAACCAGGGCACCAGAGACAGGAGGAAGUUCGUUUGGCAGCAAUUGUUCUGAAGAUGCUUCUAAAGCUGGUCCUACUGAUUGGUGUGACCAUCUCUGUCUUUGGCUAUUCCUAUUCUGAGCUGGCGCUGGAUAUCUACGGUGGAUCAAUGCUCAGCUCUGGACCAGGUCCAGGUCUCUUGCGUUGUUACUGUGUCUAUGUGUUGCUGAUAGCUGUUAAUGGAGUGACAGAAUGUUUCACAUUUGCUGCAAUGAGUAACCAAGAGAUUGGCAGGUAUAACCUUGUGAUGCUGGCCCUGUCGCUUUCAUUCCUUGGCCUUUCGUUUUGCUUAACUCAUUGGCAAGGAGCUGUUGGCUUCAUUUUAGCAAACUGUUUGAACAUGGGAUUGCGAAUUACACACAGUCUGCGAUACAUCAGUUGUUACUUCCGACCCACUGAACAUCGGCCUCUCAGAGGCCUCCAGCUCUCGGCACCUUUACUCCUGGUGUACCUCGCUAGUGGAAUAGUGACAGUUCUCUCACAGGUUACCUUGUGCUGUGCGCAAGGGCUGAUGUUCCGCUCGCUUCACGUUCUGUUUGGGGCACUCUGUUUAAUCAUGAUUCUUGCCACAAUCUUCUUCACGGAGCCCAGGCUUGUUCAGUUCAUUAGAGCUCACUUUCUCUCUCGGAACAAAACAGAAAUGGUGAAAUGGGACUGAAAGCAAUGGAGUGGAGACUAGGGAGCAGAAACCAGGUGAUGCCGGCAGCCUGCCAAUCGCUGGGCGGACCCACCCCUGGGACAAGCGCUGGAGUCUGUGGCUCCACUCCCCACACCUCAAUUGUACUAACCCACUGGAAUAAAAACUGACCACUUGGAAA